UUAAAAUAAGAAAUCACGCGCAGGCAGGUGGAAGAUGCGGCGACGAGGCUGUUGGUAAACACAACGUGCGCAUCAUGGCGAACUGCAUCAUCAACCAUGGUCUCACCUCCUUCAUAAUGGUGGUCUGGAUGGCCAUCAACAUCUUCCUGUUCCUCUGGUUCUACUUCUUCUAUGAUUUGGGGGAUGACUUCUACUACACGCGGCACCUGUUAGGGUCCGCCUUGGCCUGGGCCAGAGCUCCUGCAGCCGUGCUCAACUUUAACUGCACGCUGAUCCUGCUGCCGGUGUGCAGGAACCUGCUGUCUCUGCUCCGCGGCUCCUUCAUGUGCUGCGGCAGAACAAUGAGGAAGCAACUGGACAAGAACAUCAGUUUUCACAAGUUGGUGGCGUACAUGAUAGCACUGAUGACAGCUGUUCAUGUGAUUGCACAUUUGUUGAACGUGGAGUGGUUCACCAGCAGCCGACAAGGUAUUUACGACAAACUCAGCACGGCUCUGUCCAACCUGGAGGACGCAGGAAACACCACCUACCUGAACCCGAUCCGCUACACAGAGAAUCCGCAGCAGAUCCCGACCUACUUUGUCUUCACCACCAUCGCCGGCCUCACAGGCGUCAUCAUCACGCUGGCCCUCAUCCUCAUCAUCACCUCCUCCAUGGAGGUCAUCAGACGCAGCUACUUUGAGGUCUUCUGGUACACACAUCAUCUCUUCAUCAUCUUCUUCGCUGGUCUCGUCUUCCACGGAGCCGGACGCAUCGUGAGGAGCCAUAACUCGACAGCGCACAACGCCACCUUUUGUAAGGACCGCAGUGACGAAUGGGGACUGAUUCCUGAGUGUCCUGUCCCUCAGUUUGCAGGAGGAGAACCUGGGACCUGGAAGUGGGUGAUUGGUCCGAUGAUCCUGUAUCUAUGUGAACGUCUGCUGCGUUUCAUCCGCUACAUGCAGAGAGUCGAGUACAGGAAGAUCGUGAUGCGGCCGUCCAAGGUGCUGGAGCUGCAGCUGGUGAAGAGCGGCUUCAAGAUGGAGGUGGGUCAGUACGUCUUCCUCAACUGCCCGGCCAUUUCUCAGCUGGAGUGGCACCCGUUCACCAUGACCUCCGCCCCCGAGGAGGACUUCUUCAGCGUGCACAUCCGCUCGGCCGGAGACUGGACCGACAAGCUCAUCGACAUCAUGCAGAAGCUGCCAGAGGGAGCUCAGGGGCCAAAGAUGGCUGUGGACGGUCCCUUCGGCACAGCCAGCGAGGACGUCUUCGCCUAUGAGGUCAGCAUGCUGGUCGGCGCCGGCAUCGGAGUCACCCCCUUCGCCUCCAUCCUCAAGUCCAUCUGGUACAAGUUCAAGGACUCCAACCCUAAACUGCGCACCAGGAAGAUCUACUUCUACUGGCUGUGCCGAGAGACACACGCCUUCGAGUGGUUCGCCGACCUGCUGCAGGUGCUGGAGAGAGAGAUGGAGGAGAGAGGGAUGGGGCAGUUCCUCACCUACAAGCUCUUUCUGACCGGAUGGGACCAGAGCACCGCCUAUCACGUAAAGGUUCGCUUCGACGAGGACACAGACGCGGUGACCGGACUCAAACAGAAGACUCAGUACGGCAGACCCAACUGGGACAAGGAGUUCGAACAAGUCCGCAAAGAGAACCCCACGUCCGUGGUGGGGACUUUCCUCUGUGGCCCUCCAGCUCUGGCUUCCAUCCUGGACAAGAAAUGUGCCAAAUACUCAGACGUGGAUCCUCGGAAGACCAAGUUCUACUUCAACAAGGAGAACUUCUGAGCAGAGAGCCGCCAGGAGAGAAGCAUUUCGUUUGCUGUGGAUUAAAUGAAGACGAGUACUGGUGACGGAGCUGCCGGACACAGGGCACUGGGUGUGUUUCAGCACGAUGAUGAUGUUGAGGCGCGGCGUGACCUCAUUUCUGCAGCGUCCAGGAAAUGAUGAAACUAUGAAUCCUGACCUCAAUGUGCACUUGACUUCAGACUCUGUGCUGUCAAUUACACCUGUAAUCUCACUCUAUCAUUAACCCUAAAUGGGGCAAGCUUUCUUGUUUCGAAACAAUGGUUGAUUAUAACCGGUGACGCUGGCUGCCGUUUCCUUAUUAACAGAAAGUGAACCAGAAGGAAGUUGUGGGGGUAAGUUAUAAAUACUGAUGUGAUUCAUUUAUUGCCUUUGUUGAAUCAUGUUUAAUAAAAAAAAUUCAAAUCAAGA